AUGAUGAUGGCCGGUGGUGUCGGAGCAGCCGUGGAUCAUAACGGGAUAUACUCAAAUCCUAACCUCCACAGCCUGCAGCAGCCCCAUAUGGACGCUGAUAACGCGGACUCCCGCAAACGACCGCUGGAAACUCCGGCUGAGGAGGCCGGCUGUACCAAGCGCACCAACACUGGAGAGGAGGGUGAGUACUUCCUGAAGGUGCUGAUCCCCAGCUAUGCAGCCGGCUCUAUAAUUGGCAAGGGCGGCCAGACCAUCGUACAACUGCAGAAAGAGACUGGAGCCACUAUUAAGCUGUCCAAAUCCAAAGACUUUUACCCAGGAACAACAGAACGUGUCUGUUUGAUACAGGGUACAGUCGAAGCCCUCAAUGGUGUCCACAACUUCAUUGCGGAGAAAGUCCGCGAGAUGCCCCAGAGCGCCCAGAAACCAGAACCAGUCAGCAUAUUGCAGCCACAGACCACUGUCAACCCCGACCGUGUCAAGCAGGCUAAAUUGAUCGUGCCCAAUAGCACGGCUGGGCUGAUCAUUGGCAAAGGUGGAGCCACAGUGAAAGCAGUGAUGGAGCAGUCAGGGGCUUGGGUGCAGCUCUCCCAGAAGCCAGAGGGCAUCAACCUGCAGGAGCGAGUGGUAACCAUCAGUGGCGAGCCUGAGCAGAACCGCAAGGCUGUGGAAAUCAUAGUGCAGAAGAUCCAGGAGGACCCUCAAAGCAGCAGCUGCCUCAACAUCAGCUAUUCCAACGUCUCGGGCCCAGUGGCCAACUCCAACCCCACCGGUUCCCCCUAUGCUAACACGGCCGAGGUGCUGCCCAAUGCAGCUGCAGCAGCCGCCACUGCCUCCAGCCUUCUAGGCCAGGCCGGGUUGACAGGAAUGGGCGCCUUCCCUACCGCCAUGUCCAGCUUCUCUGGCAAUGAUCUGCUGGCCAUAACCUCAGCCCUCAACACGCUGGCCAGCUACGGCUACAACACUAACACCCUGGGCCUGGGCCUCAACCCUGCAGCUGCUUCUGGGGUCCUUGCUGCAGUAGCAGCUAGUGCUAACCCAGCUGCAGCUGCUGCGGCUAACCUCCUGGCCUCCUAUGCUAGCGAUGCCUCCAGCAGUGCUGGCCACCCUACAGGCCUCGGUGGGUUCUCCCUGGGUUCUCUAGCAGCUGCUACAGGGGCUUCCAAUGGUUACCUAAAUGCUUCAUCCCCACUGAUGGCCUCCUCCCUAUUGGCAACAGAGAAGUUGGCGGAUGGAGCCAAGGACGUGGUUGAGAUUGCUGUACCCGAGAAUCUGGUCGGUGCCAUUUUGGGGAAAGGAGGGAAAACGCUGGUAGAGUACCAGGAGCUAACAGGAGCCCGCAUCCAGAUCUCCAAAAAGGGAGAAUUCAUUCCUGGUACUCGGAACCGUAAAGUUACCAUAACAGGGUCGCCAGCCGCUACGCAAGCAGCACAGUAUCUGAUCAGCCAGCGGAUCACUUACGAGCAGGGCGUGCGUGCUACCAACCCACAAAAGGUGGGCUAA